AUGCUCUCCUCCCGUGUCGCCCAGGCGAGCCUUCGCGCUUCCGCCCAGCAGUUCUCCCGACGAUCCGUCGUCAACGGAGCCAGAACCUAUGCCGCCGCAGCCCAAGACCCAAAGCCUCCAGUCGCCCUCUUCGGCGUUGACGGCACUUACGCCAAUGCCCUGUACACUGCCUCCGCAAAGACCGGCAGCCUAGAGCAGACCUCCAAGGCUCUCAAUGCUUUGGCCGAGGUGUUCAAGAAGGACGCCAAGUUGGGUCCUAUCCUGCACACUCCUACCUUGACUGCACAGGACAAGUCUCAGAUUGUCCAGGAACUGCAGAAGCUUACUGGCAAGAACGAGCUUUUGGGCAACUUCUUCGUGACUCUUGCUGAGAACAACCGAUUGGGUGUCCUUCAGGGUGUUUGCGAGAAGUUUGAGACUUUGAUGGGCGCUUACCGGGGUGAGAUUGAGCUGAACAUCACCAGCGCUCAGAAACUUGACCAGAAGACCAUCCAGCGUCUAGAGACUGCCAUCGCCAAGUCUGAGUACAGCCAGGGCAAGAAGCUCAAGGUUGUCACCAAGGUCGACCCAGAAAUCGUUGGUGGACUCAUUGUUGAGUUCGAUGGCCGAACAAUCGACCUCAGCGUCUCCUCUAAGCUCACCAAGCUUAACAAGGCUCUCACCGACGCUCUGUAA